GCGCGCGGGGCAACUGCGCCACGCGUGAAUUCUUGUGGUGGGGGCGGGCACGCGGGGUCUGCGUGGUUGCCUGUGCUUGGCAUUUGAUGAAUGGUGCUAGCCAGAGUUGGAGUCUGUCACCAUCCUUGCAAAACAAGUGAUACAAAGCUGGCUUAAACUAAGGAUGCCUGCUCUGUGGCUAGAUCGCCUUCCUCUUCCAAAUUUGCCAGCAUACACUGCUAUCAGUGUGGCUCUUUUGCUUUGUUCAGUGUACUUUGCAGUCACUACUCAAGAACGAUUUGAGAAGGAUGUGGUGUCCCAAGUGACAUUUACAGAGGGCAUUGAGAAGCUCUGCUUGCUACCGUGGUCUGACAGACCAGAGCAUGCCCUGAAGACAUCUUCCAAAGAAUAUUUAUUGUUUCUUAGCUCUUAUCCAACCCAGCAAGCCCUGCUACAGAACUUCAUGAAGCACAAGCUGAAAUCAGACUUUCUGUACUGGCCAACAACAGUCUCUGCUGUAGACCUUGAUUACUUUAGCACCCAUAGCAACAGUGCAAGCUCGAGUGUGUUCUUUGCACCCAGUAUUUACUACAGUGAUACAAAGAUGUGGCACCAGGGCCUUCCAGUUUCAACUGUCCAGUCAAAGUUUGUGAAGACCUUGGCAUUCAUGAUUCAUGAACCCCUGUGUGUGUGGACCCUGAUCAACAUGGCAUACUGUCUGCUUGUUUUGCUGGGGAAGUCCAUUCAGCAGAGCAUGUUUGGUGAACUGCGUGUUUCAGAGCAGACGCAGCUCAAGGAUAAGUUCUGGAACUUUGUCUUCUACAAGUUCAUUUUUGUGUUUGGUGUCAUCAAUGUCCAACACAUGGAUGAGGUGGUGUUAUGGUGCUCCUGGUUUUCGGCCCUGGGCUUCCUUCACCUCCUAACGCAGCUAUGUCGCGACCGGUUCGAAUACCUGUCGCUGUCGGCCAGCACGCCGCGUCGCACCCACGGUCGGCUGUUGUGCCUGCUCUCGGCCAUCCUGGCGCUCUCCCUCGCCCUGCUGGCCAUCUGCGUGUACGUCGGGCUGGUGGCGAGCCUCACAACGUUCGCCUUCAUGGCUGCGGAGUGCGUGCUGUUGCUGAUCAGGACCUUUCACACCAUGACCCGCUACGCCAUACACCUCUACGACGUGGCGCAGACGGCGCAGUGGGAGCGGAAAGGAUCGCUGGUGUACCUGGCGGAGCUCAUGUUCGAGGUGACGGAGCUGGUGAUCGACCUGCUGCACCACGUGCACAUGCUGCUCUGGGGCAACAUCUUCCUCAGCAUGGCCAGUCUCAUCAUCUGCAUGGAGCUGCGUCACAUCUUUUACCAGCUGCAGCACCGGCUCCGGCGUCACAGCCACUACAGACGCGUCCUGAGGUACAUCGAGCUGGAGUGCGCCAUGGCCUCGCCGGCCGAGCUGGCCGACGCCGGCGACCAGUGCGCCAUCUGUUGGGACGCCAUGGAGGCGGCGCGCCGGCUCGAGUGUCAGCACUGCUUCCACGCCACCUGCCUGCGUCAGUGGCUGGAGCAGGACCCGUCGUGCCCCACCUGCCGCAAGGGCCUGGACCUGAGCGGCCGGCCGGACGGCGACGCCGGCCGGCGGCGGCCGCAGCAGCGGCAGCGGCCGCCCUGGCGCCAGCACAGCGGCUCCCGGUUCGUGUCGUUCCUGCCCAGCUUCUCGGUGGAGGUGAACCACACACAGCUGGUGCGCGCCAGUCAACAGGAGGCGGUGCCGGCCUCGCAGUUGGACGCCAUGGCCCGACAGGUGCAGCAGCUGUUCCCGCACGUGUCGCUGCCGGCCAUCGCCGAGGACCUGCAGCAGUCCGGCUCGAUGGAGGCCACCGUCGAGAACAUUCUGGACGGCGCCGUGCACGACCACCCGGCGCCUCCCAUGUUCACCAGCGACGAGCUGGCCGCCGACGCCGCGGAGCCGGCCGAUGGCCGCCGCUGGAACCAGACGGACGAACCCCGCACGAGUCCGGACGAGUCCCGGUCCGAUGAGUCCGACCAGGACGCGGCGGCGCCGGCGGCCGAGUCCGGCUCGCGCUUCUCCAAGAGCCCGUCGGAGCGGCAGACACUGCUGCAGCAGCGCAAGGAGGCCAUGUUGGAGCGGGCGCGCCGGCGCUACCUGGCCUCAAGCAGCGCUGAGGGCGCGCGGUGAAGUCCCCCCCCCCCCCUUCCCCCAUCCGUCCAACGGAGGGGGCCGACCCGAUCCGAGGCCCGUGCCUGGCGACCCGGUCAGCCGGCGGCGGACGGUGCGGAGGCCGGCUGUUACUGCAGUGUGAUAUCUCUAGUGUACUGCGCCGGCCAGCAUGCGGGCGUGUCGUGUACUUACUUGCGCGCGGGGCCUUGGCGGGCGCGGCAGCGUACAGGCUCCUCGGCGGUGGGCCCUCUCGCACGUACGAGGAGAGCCGAUCGCUGUCGCGGGCAUGCGGGCCGUCCCACGGUGGAGGCGUCCAGUUCUCGUGGUGUGUUGGGUGAGGUCUGCGGCGACGCACGACGACCUGAUUGUCCGUCCCUCGCUGGGACGGAGGGUCCCAGGUGGUCUCGCUGACGCAGACGCGCCCCUUGCCGCGUGCGGCCCGUUGUUUUGGCUGUGCUCUUCGUUCUGCUUGUACCGGCUGCUGGAGAUGUCAGACUGGGCCGCGUUGCUGGAGGUAGGCUAGUGGCGGUAUGUUAGGUGUAGCUCCCUUUUUCGGCGCAAGCGCUCGGCAGUUACGUUGUGGGGAAGUUAAGUCAUUUGGCGGGUGGGGCGGGUGCGCAAGGCGGGCUUCCAAAAAGCUUACGAUGUUUUUUCUGGGUAUGACACGCAGGGUAAUGCUUACCCGACCACGUCGGCCCCUUCUGCGUUGCCAUUGUAUUGUGCCGUAGCAUUUAGCUUUGAGCCGUUGCGUGGAUAGUCCGGCAGCAUCGACGAAGACAGUCAUUGCUGGCGUAUUUUUGUAACACUGUUGCGUGAUAACCCUUGUUGCCGGGGAGGCGUUGCCUGUCCGGCAUUUCGCCCCCUUCCACCUUUUGACUGUAUUUUCGAGUCUCGCUGGCUGAUACUGAUCCCUCUGAUCUCCUCCGUUUACCUCUUUCCCUCGACUCGUGUGACGCGGCUUCUUGCCCGGCCCCGCGAGCUUCUUUGUGACGCACCGCCGCCGUCAUGUGGCGUGCGCCUGUCACGACACCGGCCCGUCCAGCGGUGAUGAGCCCCCUUGGCCCGCCCGGCAGCUGGAGCCCCGACCGUCCCUGGGUGGGGCGGACCCGUCCGCGCUCUACCUCCCGCGCCCCGAAGCGUGGCCGAGACGGCACCAGCUGAAGUCCGCUGUGUGCGAAUGUGGGGUGUGUUCUAAUGCCCUGGUUUGUUUGCUUUACAAUACUACCCGAACAUCGCGUGUUGUGCAGCCGGCGCGACUGCGGGCCACGGGACAGUU